AUGACAACAGUCGACUCGGGGCGGCAGCGCAACCCCGGGGUGCUGCAGGAUGACGGCGAGAACAAGCUAGGCCAGUACUGGUCGCAGCUCAAAUACAAGGCGCUUGGCCUCGUGUCCAGUGAGCCGCCGCCUGACACGGCGCUCCUGACGGAGAUGCCUCCGGAGCAGGGAUACAUGGAGGGGCUCUCUGAGAUGACGGACCUCACCUACACGCAGCGCAUCACCGGGUUCUUCAUGAUGAUGGGUAUGGGCAUUCUCUUUAUCCUCCUGAGCAUGGUAAUGUGGAUGUGGCCAAAGAAGUUCAGCUUCUUCAUGACAUGUGGGAACAUCUUCUGUCUGUGCUCCAUCAUGUUCCUCGCCGGGUGCGCGCAACAACUCCGCACGAUGUUCGAGGCAAAUAGGUUCGAGGCGGCGUGUCUGUAUGUUAUCUCCGUGUUCAUGACGCUGCUGAGCGCACUGUGGCUCCAGUCUAGACUACUGUGUAUUCUGUUCGCGGUGGCGCAGCUCGCGUCCAUCUUGUGGUAUGCACUGAGCUUCAUCCCCUAUGCCCGUCAGACCCUGAAGGUUGCACUCUCGUACGCUUCACUGAUACUCGGCCCGGUGGUGAAUGUCAUCGCAAAGGGGGUCAGCAGCUGCCUCGGUGCCAUUCUCGGCUGA